GCAGAAUCACAGCGUUGAACUAUUGCAUUUACGUGUGCAAUUUUCUAGCAUAUCAAAAUGUAUGGUUUUAUCGUUUGAAAUUGUUGUUAAUUGGCUGCUAAAAUGGCAGCUUGCAUCUUUUAGGUCGACAAAUUUUGAUCCUGCGAAUUCGAAGUUAUUUGUUCGAUAUUCAGUUAGGUUUAUAAGCAGCUUGAUUAGGUGGUGCUAAGCAAUCUAAGAAAGACUCUACUUAUGAUGCUGCAUACAGAAUCUUGAUAUAUUAGCAGGAAGAUUAGAUUAUAAUUUGAAUCAAGAGUUUAUCUUUUCUUGUUUAUUGGGUUGAGUUAAUUCCAGUGUUUCACUAUGAAAACGCUAAUGUUUCUAGAUUGCAUAUCUGGUUUUAUUUUCCUGUAUAUGUGGUUUAGCUAUCUUUUCUGCAAUUAUUAGGAAUAAAUCAAUGGUGUUGAAAAUUCAAAAUUUAGGCAGAUUGUGAUUGAUAGAAAACAUAAAGGAGUGACAUUUUGAUUGUUUCAGAUAUUUUGGACAAUUCUCUACUGAAGUAGCCAUUUUACAUUGCACUAGUCUUAGGUUGCUUCUGAUUCUUUACUUUAUAUAUUCAGUGUUGAUUUUGUUCCUUGGGUUUCUUCUGGAAAUAGUUUGUGCACCAUGGAUGGGAAUGAUGUGACUUCAGAUAAAGUCAUUGCCGAAUUGGUUGAUAUGGGGUUUGAUAUCUUAGACAUUGCAGAAGCCAUAAAAGCAGUGGGUCCGUCACUGGAUAAUGCAAUUGAAUUAAUCUUGAAUAGCUCUCGUAGAAAUGACAGGAAUGCAUCAACUAGUUCGAUGUGUCUCACAGACAACAAAGUUACUGGGAAAAGAGCCAGUUCCUCAUUGCAACCUUCUGCUAAACUGCGACAACGGAACAUAACAGAACAACUGAAAUUGUCAUCUGCAUCCAAAAGAAGCAAGAUGACAGGUGUAUAUAAUGCAUCAGUCUCUGCUAGAAACUUCUUGACACGUGGAAAAGAACCAGUUGUUCCUUCGACUGUAGAUACUGGUUUGGAUCACUGUCAAGAAACUGGCAUGGUGCCAUCUUAUUGCAAAGAUGAAAAAAUAAUUGGAUUAGAUUGGGAAAGGAAGGCGACUAAUCUUCUUCAGAAGAAUUUUGGAUAUUCAUCCUUGAAGGGCUUUCAGAAAGAGGCUCUGGCAGCCUGGAUGGCUAACCAAGAUUGUCUAGUUCUUGCAGCAACAGGAUCUGGAAAAUCAUUAUGCUUUCAGAUUCCAGCAUUAUUAUCUGGAAAGGUGGUGGUGGUUAUCUCACCGUUAAUUAGCUUGAUGCAUGACCAGUGCUUGAAACUAGGAAAGCUUGGGAUUUCAGCUUGUUUCCUUGGAUCUGGUCAACUUGACAAGUGUGUUGAAAACAAAGCAAUGAAUGGUGCAUAUAGCAUCAUUUAUGUCUGCCCAGAGACUAUUUUAAGAUUAAUGAAACCGCUUCAAAGCCUUGCUGAAAGCCGUGGGAUUGCAUUAUUUGCAAUUGAUGAAGUUCAUUGUGUUUCUAAAUGGGGUCAUGAUUUUCGACCUGACUACAGGCGACUGUCCAUAUUAAGAGAGAGCUUCAGCGCUGAGAACUUGAAAUGCCUGAAGUCUGACAUUCCUUUGAUGGCUUUGACUGCUACUGCAACUAUUCGUGUUCGUGAAGACAUAUUAAAGUCAUUAUGCAUGUCAAAGGAGAUGAAAAUUGUCACGACAUCAUUUUUCCGACCAAAUCUACGUUUUUCGGUAAAGCAUAGUAGAACAUCUGGGUCUAACUAUGAGAAGGAUUUCAAUGAGUUGAUUAAAUUGUACACGAAGGAGAAGAAAGCACUCCAAAAAUUGGUACUGAACAAUCUUGACGGUGGCUCUAAAACCUCAAGUUGUUCUCCGAAUGGUAGCACAUCUGGAAUAGAUCGAAUGUGCAGAAAUAUGAAUGAUAGUGAUGAUUCAGAUGAUGAUGAUUUUCUGGACUGUCCGGAGGAGGAAUUGUCUGUCCAAUACCUGGAAGAUGACUGUGAUAGAGUGGAAGGAGUCGAUGACCUGGAUGUUUUUUGCGGCGAAUCUUGUGGGCCUCCAUCUCUAGAUUUCAGAAGUUGUGGGACUUCUGACUCCAACAAUCUGAUGAGUAAAGCAGGGAAAAGACCAGCACUCCAUCAAAGAUAUCUGGAAGAAGGACCAACAAUAAUAUACGUACCUACUAGGAAACAAACUUUGAGCUUAACUAAGUUCCUUACGAAUUUUGGUGUAAAGGCAGCUGCUUAUAAUGCCAAGUUGCCAAAGUCACAUCUUAGGCAGGUGCACGGACAAUUUCAUGCAGAUGAGUUACAGGUUGUUGUUGCUACUAUUGCUUUUGGGAUGGGGAUUGACAAGUCCAACGUCAGACGGAUCAUUCAUUAUGGUUGGCCACAGAGCUUGGAAGCAUAUUACCAAGAAGCUGGUCGGGCAGGUCGGGAUGGAGAAUUAGCAGACUGUGUCCUAUAUGCUAAUCUAUCAAGAAUACCUACUCUUUUACCAAGUAAAAGAAGUGAAGAGCAGACAAAACAAGCAUAUCAGAUGUUAUCUGAUUGCUUCAGGUAUGGAAUGAAAUCAUCUUGUUGUAGAGCCAAAAUGCUUGUAGAAUACUUUGGUGAGGAGUUCUCUACUGGCGGAUGUAAUUUAUGUGAUGUCUGUACCAACGGGCCACCAGAAAUUCAGGAUCUGAAAGAGGAGGCGACACUGCUCUUGCGGCUUAUUGCCACGUAUCAUGAAAACAAUACUUGUCAAAUUGAAUUGUCUAAUGAUGUUGUGGCCCAGAGCUCCCAGGCCAUGAUGUUGAGAGAGAACCCAAAUAUUAGUGCAUUUGUCCGUAUGAUAAGAGAACAGAACCAAAAAUAUGCUACAAGUGACUUCACAUGGUGGCGUGGUCUUGCUCGUAUAUUAGAAGAAAGGGGGUUUAUACGCGAGGGAGAUGAGAUGAAGCGCGUCCAGAUAAAGCUUCCGAAAGCAACAAAUUCGGGUCUGCAGUUUUUGAAGUGUGAUUCGCAACAAUCAUUUCUUGUUUACCCAGAGGCAGACAUGCUGCUCUCCACAGAAAGGUGCAAAUCAUUCUCGAGUUUCUCAGAGUGGGGGAAAGGCUGGGCAGAUCCUGAGAUUCGUCGCCAGCGCUUACAAAGGAGAAAGGAGUCGACGAAGCCUCGCAGACGAAGAGUACCCUGUAAGCCUAACUUGAGCACAGUUCGAGGGAGACUAUCUGCUAAACUCGGAAAAUAGAUACGACGAAUCAUGCACCAGGAUCAUCUUAUGUAGUCUGGAAUUUACUAAUUAAGAAGCCAGGAAAUGGCUGCAAUUCUGUUCUGGUUAGUAUUCAUGAAGAAGAAACAGUGCUUAAAUUGGUUCAAUAAUUAUACCUCAAUUCAUCAGAUUAACAGAUUAAGGAUCGUCUCCCAACACAUCAGCCCAUAUUUUCUCUUGUUGGCUUUGAUUCCCAACUAUAUCCAUACUUAAUUAUGACAAAUUAAUCUAUUCUUUUUGCA